AUGGCAACGUCGAGCGCAGCGGCACAUGCAGAGACAAUGGCGACGAGAUCGAGCGCAAGCUCAGCUGCGACCGACACUCGCAAGGUGUCAUUCCAGUCAACAUCGGCAACAGCUCCAAGCAGGUCAUCAUCAUCGGCACACCUUGCAUCUUCAAGCUCGUCAAGGACAGGAGCCGCAACUUCAAGCUCACAAGCGUACUCUGGCGUGACUCGACGCCACUCGCUCUUCGGCACGGAGGACAGGAUCGUGCUUGACAUUGGCAGUAGAUACUCCAAGUUUGGGUUCAGCGGUGAACCCCGCCCACGCGCCAUCGUACCCUCGGUCAACUUCGCUCAACCUUCGACAUCGUACCUCCGUCUCGAUGCGACGUCUUCCACCGCGGGGCUGUACAGCAUUGGAGAGACGCUUUGGGAUCUUGACGUUGAACGUUGCGUCGACGACCAGCUGCGCCGAGGCAAGCGUUCUCUUGUGCUGGCACAACUCACGCAGCUACUCCGCAACGCCUUCACUCAGCAUCUCAUGGUGGAUCCCAAACAGAGAAAGGUGCUCGUAGUUGAGAAUCCAAUGCUGCCCAACUCGGUCAAAGAGAUGAUCUGCGCAGUGCUCUUCAACAACUUGCAGGUGCCGUCAGUUUCGUUUGUGCCUGCGCCAUUGCUCAGCCUGUUGGCCGUGGGUAGAAUCACAGGUCUCGUUCUCGAAGUCGGAUAUCUUGAGGCGACGUUAAUGCCGGUGUACUACGGACGGCCGCUCACGAGUUAUACGGUCUCGACGACGCUAGCAGGCAAGCGACUGAAUGCGAGGCUGAAGCGUCUGCUGCUCCGGUACGGCAAAUUUGUCGCUGCACAGGCAAGCCUGCAAGAUUCUGCCAAGUCACUUCGAGAAAGAACACAAGCAAUUGAUCCAUUGCUGCUCACGGACGAUCGACUGGAGCAGAUCAAGUCGAAAGCGCUGUUCGUCAGCUCAUACGAUCCAAGUGUGAGCGGGCUGGAAGACUUGUUCGCCGAACUGGAAGUCGAGUCGACGGACUUAAGCGCAGGGUCAGCAGCUUCCAUUCUUCGGAAGUACUCAUCCGCUUCCACUGCCACACCUUUCACUUUUGCAGUGACGCCGAACUCUGUUGACCCGCAAGGCACCGCUUCGCUUAUUCAAAGCGUCUCGGCUCCGCCCGGUUCGUCGUCGUCGUCCACUUUCACUGGGGCAUCUGCUCCUAGCCAAGUAUCUGGCGUGAUUGCGAUUCCGGGCUGGCUGCGUGAACGAGCUGCGGAAUUCCUGUUUGACAAAGGCGACCACGACGAUCCCGGUCUCAUCCAGAUGACGGUCUCGGCCAUCUCGAAGCUCCCCAUCGACCUGCGUCGCACCAUGUGCGAAAACGUCCUUGUAUCUGGCGGCACGGCGAUGCUGCCUGGCUUUGCGAACCGAUUCCGAAUUCAGCUGGCUAUGGCUAUCGAAAAGGCAGAGCAACCGGGUGGGCAACUGUCGUUCGACCGACAUGCUUUCCGUCAGCUCAAGACCAAUGGGCAAAGCGAGGACAAAGAAAAGGCGCGGGGCUCAGGGCUGCACCGCUCAGUAGCAGUGUUGAAUGAUCCUUGGCCUGACAUGUCGCAGCUGGAGCAUGGCAGCAAGGGCAGCAAGGGCGGUCAAGGAGGAUCCGCACCUGCUUUUGCGGCCAACCUGCUUGCGUGGAUGGGGGCAUCACUGGCCGGCGCUCUGAAAACAACUUCGCUCAAUGCAAUCACACGCGAAGCAUACGACGAAACACACAACAAAGCGACUCAAGAAGGGGCAGCCGAGUCAGAGGAAGCAGGCAAGGACGACGACAAGAAGGAGCCAAAGAGACCGGCGAUGCCAGCGACGAGCAAGCGAGGCUCGUUCGUGGGUGUAGUGGGUGGACUGGAAACGGGCGCAUACGGAGGACUGGCUGCGGUGAGUCGACAUCUGAUCGGCGUGCCCUCAUCAGCUGCUUCUAAAGGCUCGACCGCUGUCAAGUCGGCCGCAGAUGACGUGGAUGGUGGUGAUGGAUGA